UCUUACUAUGUCUUACUUGACACUAGUGGUAUCGGCACGCUGCAGUUAAGUACCAGCCCCUGGAUUCAUUCAACCAGCUAAAUCAGACAAAUAUGUUCUUAUGGUUAUUUAACUUUGUGCGAGUUAUUAUCCAAAGUUGCCCAGUCAGACUGAGUUUUGUUUAAUGGAUGUUUUUUAUUCUUCCUGAAUAUUGCGCUAACUGAAUGGCAGGCUUGGACAUGCCAACCAAAACACAUGGAGUUGGAGUCUUUUUAGAGCUGAGGAAAAGGCUGCAGAGCGGACUCCUUAUCGUUGGGAAAGAUGUAGCCAGAAGUCCUGCUGACGUGGUUGUGACGGGUGGAGAUUCAUCAAUUCACAUCCGGACUCAGCGAGGCGAGCUGAGCCUGACUUUACCAGCAGGAGUCACCUUAGAGCAGGGAUCCUGCAUUCCGACGCCUGCAGGAGAAUCCAGUGGAGAGGAGCUGCAUUACAGACUGCGCAUCAACGUUGCACAAAGUUCAGAUAAAGAGGCCUCUGACAGCGUGAUGGAGACACUGCGGGCAAAAGAGACUUAUUGCUUCUGUUGUCAGGGCUGCAUGACCAGGCUGCUCGAGGACAGAAUGUUUAAACGAGUUCUUCCUCUCCCUAAUGGCAACUGGAACGCCAUCGUGGACGACUGGUGUUGCCACCCAGAUCCGUUCGCUAAUAAGAAGCUGCUGCCCAGAGCAGAGGACUGUUUACUGGGCGACACCUUCCUCCUUCUAGCCAGAGACGGCAGCUGUGAUCAGACUCUCACAGAGGAAGUGAGCCCUGUUGGCGCAGAGGACAGUCAGGAUCCAAAGAAACCCUGCCGCCGACUGGCUCUCAUCUCCUGUAAGAGCUGUUCUUCAGUGCUGGGAGAGGCUGUUGCACCAGGGACCCUGAAACUGUACAUCACACAGGUGGUGGUGGAGCCCGCUGUCGGGGACAUAAAGCCAGAAGCUUCACUUAACAGAUCUGUCUUCGUGGAGAGGACGAUAGCAGCCAGGCUGUUGGAGCUGUCUAACUCACUGAGCAUCUUCCACUUCUCUGUCCAAACUCCUGAUGGAAAAGCCUUCUUAUUGCUCUGGCUGCUGAACAGCGACUCCAUCACAGCAUCAGUCCCAGAGACAUGUGUCGGGGGUGAGAGGUCUAUCAGCUCCCCGGCUCUUCACAGUCCAUCACCCGGAGCUGCCAGAGCCCUGAAACUCCUCUAUGUCGCCUGCUCCGACGCAGGCAUCCAGCAGAGAGACAUUGUAACUAGCUGGGAGGUCAAUGCCAUCGGACAUCCUGUGGUGCUGCCGCUGAAGGUGUGUGAGGAGCUGCUGCAAGUGAUAGAUGACAGCAACUCUACACUCCCCACAUCAAUGCGUUGCAUGAGGUCCUAUGAGGUGGCGUACCUGAGACUCUGAGGUCUGAGGUCAAAGGUCAGAAGCCAGGAGGUCAUGACUCCACUCAUGCAUCCUGGCAAAGAAUUCAAGAGGACAGCUGCAAGUAGAACAUCUGUGAACAUGUACAUGUGUUCCUAAAUGUUAAGGUGCCAACCUGCACAGAUUUCCCUUAAAGUAUGAGCAAGCAUGGACUAGCUUGUUAAGCAUUGUCUAGUUGUGGUUUCUGGUUGCGUCUGUCAACAUGCCUGGUAGCGCAACAUCACCUGCAAACAGAUUCAUGUUGACACAGGUUGUUGCCAGCUUUCUUAAUGUUAACACAUUUCCAGUAAAUGCAAAGAAGCGAGAAGAGAAUGACAACAUCAAAAUAGUUUUUCCUUGUAGUUGUUUUAUAGUUUUUCAUCCUAAUGUGUAAUUACCGAGGUGUAUCAUAAUGGCUGUGAAGCCUGCCUGUGUACAGUGUAUGUUUGUCCAUUUCUGAACUUUAUUCUGUAUUUUUCUUAACAUUCUCCAAAAAACAAACAAAACAAAACAGAUUAAACUGUAUUUUUGAAAAUA